ACAAAUAACUAUUUUUAUUUCUCUUAAUUUGUUCUUUUUGUUUUAAAAUUAUAGACUUGUUAAUUCACUUUUUUAUUUUAAAGUUUUUGCACAAAAAUGUCAUUCACUGCUUUUCUCUACAUUCUCGCGCUAAUCUUUGCCGGCGCUCUGCUUUUCGGCGCCGUGUACUUUGUCAUUAUGCUUACCGAUCUCGAAUGCGACUACAUCAAUCCAAUCGACCUGGCCAACAACCUCAACAUGUACGUCAUGCCCGAAAUGGUCGCUCAGCUGGUUUUGUUCGUUACGUUUUUGCUUCUGGGCGAAUGGACAUCGAUGCUCAUUAACCUACCGUUGGUCGCUUGGAAUAUUCGCAAGGUCAUGAGCUCGCGCCAGUUCUACGAUGCCACUGAGGUUUUCCGCACUUUGCCCAAGCACAAAAGGGAGAACUUUUGCAAGGUUGGAUUUUACCUUGUAUGCUUCUUCUACUACUUGUACAGUAUGAUCGUCACUCUGGUCAACGAGACUACUACUGAACAUUCUCAGGCUGCGUAUUAAAUAAAAAAUUUGAUCAUCCCAUUUCAUUAAAUUCUUUUUUUUUCUCUCGCGUU